AUGAUGCUGUUUCUAUGUUCCUCUCAGCGUCGACGGGAGCGCAAGAAGCUUGAGCAGGUGAAGAAGCCGGAGAGCACUGACCAGGUAAACUACAAACCAGUAUUAUAUGUAUUCUGAAUUAAUCUGAAUCAUGCGAUGCUUAACAGCACCAUUUACAGUAAUUUGAAAACAAAUGUGUGUAAAAAGGAAUGGACCGUUUGCAUUUCAGGUAGUUUAUGAUAUGCUGUCUCUACUGUGUUUUCCAGGAUGUGGAAGAUGAUGAUGGUGAAUCUGAGGAGGAAGAGGAGAAAGAUGAGAGUGAGUCUGAAGAGGAGGUAGAGGAAGAAGAGGAUAAAGCAGCCAUCCCUCGCUCCAAGCAGCCCCCCGUCCCAUCGCCAGCCCCCUCAGGAAAUAAAGGACCCCAGAAGACCGCUGCACAAACCUCUGAAGAGGUAGGGACAGACUGACUCAUUCAUCUUGGUAAAGCAAUGGCGUAGAAGCCUGGUCCAAGAUCUGUUUGUGCUGUGGCACCUUAAUUGGGGAGGACGGGCUCAUAGUAAUGGCUGGAACGGAAUAAAUACAAUGGUAUCGAACACAUCAAAUACAUGUUUGAUACCAUUCCAUUGACUCCUUUCCAGCCAUUAUUAUGAGCAGUCUUCCCCUGGCUAGUUUUUAGGGGAGCUGUGUGUACUUGAGAAGGAGUCUUCAUAUACAAGCUGAUGGGCACCUUAGUAAACCAGUCCCUCUCUCCUGUAGGAACCGGAGUGGGAUGUGAGCAGUGCGUUCUUUGCUAACGCUGCUAGCUACAUCAGGCCAAAAGGCUGGACCAAACCUGGCCGCAAGUCCAAAGAGAAUAAGGAGAACGAGGGCAGGACCAGAGAGGUAAGUGGUCCCUGA